GAGCCCUCGUGCAACCGCAGCAAGCAUGGCGCACUACAACUUCAAGAAGAUUACGGUGGUGCCGUCCGCCAAGGACUUUAUUGACCUGACGUUAUCGAAGACUCAACGAAAGACUCCAACAGUUAUUCAUAAACAUUACCAAAUUCAUCGAAUUAGACAUUUUUACAUGAGAAAAGUCAAAUUUACUCAACAGAAUUACCAUGACAGACUCUCUCAAAUUCUAACAGAUUUCCCCAAAUUGGACGACAUCCACCCGUUUUAUGCCGAUUUGAUGAAUAUUCUCUACGACAAGGAUCAUUACAAGUUGGCUCUAGGACAAAUAAAUAUUGCCAAAAAUCUAGUGGACAAUGUCGCUAAAGACUACGUGCGGCUUAUGAAGUACGGCGACUCCCUCUACCGCUGCAAGCAGCUGAAGCGGGCCGCCCUGGGGCGCAUGUGCACCGUGAUCAAGAGACAGAAGCAGAGCCUGGAGUACCUGGAACAAGUGCGUCAGCAUUUAUCCCGUUUGCCAACCAUUGAUCCAAACACGAGGACUCUGCUUUUGUGUGGGUACCCAAACGUUGGGAAGUCCAGCUUCAUCAACAAGGUGACGAGAGCAGACGUGGACGUCCAGCCCUACGCGUUCACGACCAAGUCCCUGUUUGUUGGGCACAUGGAUUACAAGUAUCUGCGCUGGCAGGUUGUCGACACUCCGGGGAUUUUGGAUCACCCUUUGGAGGAUCGGAACACCAUCGAGAUGCAGGCCAUCACGGCCCUGGCCCAUCUCCGCGCUGCGGUCCUGUACGUGAUGGAUCUGUCCGAGCAGUGUGGGCAUGGGCUGAAAGAGCAGCUGGAACUCUUCCAGAACAUCAGACCUCUCUUCGUCAACAAGCCUCUUAUAAUUGUAGCAAACAAAUGUGAUGUGAAGAGAAUAGCUGAACUUUCUGAAGAUGAUCAGAAAAUAUUUAUAGGUUUGCAGGCUGAAGGCUUCCCUGUGAUAGAGACCAGCACGCUGACUGAGGAAGGUGUCAUUAAAGUGAAAACAGAGGCUUGCGACAGGCUUUUGGCUCAUCGAGUGGAAACCAAAAUGAAGGGCAACAAGGUGAACGAGGUGCUGAACAGACUGCACUUGGCUGUCCCCAGCAAGAGGGACGACAAGGAGAGACCCCCGUUCAUCCCGGAAGGAGUGGUGGCUCGCAGGAAGAGAAUGGAAGUUGGGGAGCCCAAGAAGAAACGGGAACGAGAUCUGGAGCUGGAAAUGGGAGAUGAUUAUAUUUUGGAUCUUCAAAAGUACUGGGAUUUAAUGGAUUCUUCUGAAAAGUACGAUAAGAUACCGGAGAUUUGGGAAGGCCAUAAUGUAGCUGAUUAUAUCGAUCCAGCCAUCAUGAAGAUGGUGAAGAAGGCCAAGACGAUGAUGAAGAAAGCGCAGAGGAAGAUGAAUCGCCUGGGGCGGAAGGGGGAGGCAGACAGGCACGUGUUUGACAUGAAGCCCAAGCACUUGCUCUCCGGGAAGAGGAAAGCUGGGAAAAAGGACAGGAGACUGAGGACUGAGGACCAGGGUGUGCAGACUGAGGACCAGGGUGUGCAGACUGAGGACCAGGGUGUGCAGACUGAGGACCAGGGUGUGCAGACUGAGGACCGGGGUGUGCACGCUGAGGACCAGGUUGUGUAUGCUGAGGACCAGGGUGUGCAGACUGAGGACCAGGGUGUGCAGACUGAGGACCAGGGUGUGCACGCUGAGGACCGGGGUGUGCAGACUGAGGACCAGGGUGUGUAUGCUAAGGACCAGGGUGUGCAGACUGAGGACCAGGGUGUGCAUGCUGAGGACCGGGGUGUGCAGACUGAGGACCAGGGUGUGUAUGCUAAGGACCAGGGUGUGCAGACUGAGGACCAGGGUGUGCAUGCUGAGGACCGGGGUUACGACCCAAGGGAAGUACUUUCCGAAGGAAAUACUUUCUCCUCGUGCGUCCAACCGCAAAUCAGAGAAAAAAAGAAGUUGAAAAUUCUGGAAUCCAAAGAAAAAAAUACACAAGGACCCAGGAUGCCUCGAACUGCUAAGAAGGUUCAGCGGACAGUCCUGGAGAAUGAGAUGCGCACUCUUGGUGUUGACAUGGACGGCAAGGACGACGCUCACUACGCAGUCCAGGCAAGAAGGUCUCGGAGCGUCACCCGCAAGAGAAAGCGGGAAGACUCUGUUCCACCCUCUUCCGUGGCCCGGAGUCGGAGUUGCUCUCGAACCCCACGUGACGUUUCUGGUCUUCGCGAUGUCAAGAUGGUGAAGAAGGCCAAGACGAUGAUGAAGAAAGCGCAGAGGAAGAUGAAUCGCCUGGGGCGGAAGGGGGAGGCAGACAGGCACGUGUUUGAC